UUCAAUCCAACGGAAGAGGAAGUAGGCGUGAGUGAAAGUUUCCAACUGACACCUACGAACCCCCCUCCCAAGAGUCUAUCCCGAUACAAGGAUUCUUCUUUCAGCUUCCCCAGCCUGCCGAUUUCUAAAGCAUGCAACACUAUGAGUCAGGGUCAGAAACAAGCAAAUGAUGCGAAGUAUCCGCAGAAGGGGAACCUGUUAGCAAAAGUAUUCGUGAUAUGUUGUCGAUGUAGAUUCUGGCAUGAUCUUCCACCAGAUGUUUAUGCAAAGCUGGCCGGGCUGAACAUGGAUAGGCGUGUCUCUGUCGAUUCUCACCUAGCCUCACGUACCCAAAGAGGGCCGCCCGCAUCACAACACUGGAUUCCUAGUCCAGGACAUAGCGACAAGAUUGCCUGCUGCUGGUGUGGCCAUCGAUUGGACAAAGUAUGCUGCGAGGGAUGGAGUACAGAGGUCAAUAUGUGCGAGAGACAUCAUUAAAAACUUGACUGUUUGGGCGACCAUUUGCGGUGCUCCCUAUAUUCAUUAUUCUCGAUGGAACCUGCAUUAUUGUCGCCAGGUCAGAAAUGCCACUAUCUCCCGC